UUGGGCGAAAGUCACAUAAAUAGGGCCGGCAAAUGCGUGCCCGCCAAAAAUGAUCCAGAUUUUAUCAACAAAAACUGUUGCAAGGGCAAAUGUUUAGCAAAAAUAAAUCCACCAGAACUGUUAGAUGAUGUAUUUCUCAUAUUUUAUGGACUUAAAUCCAAGGAUGAACAAGACCUUCACUUGCAAAGAAUGAUAGAAAUUGCACCAAUUUUAAGAUCACGAGCUCGUGCUGAUACACUGGAAUGUGAUCGGAAACCAAAAUCAAAGAAUUUCAAAUAUUUCUUGUUGCUUGGUGCGAUACGUACGCAAGUUUGUAAAAACGUAUUCAUCAAUGUUCACAACAUUACAAGCAAAAGGCAAGAAGAAUUUCAAAUUUGUUAG